AUGGCGGAAGAAGAAUACUCAUGGGACAGCUAUUUGAACGACCGACUGUUGGCCACGAACCAGGUGUCGGCCGCGGGGUUGGCAUCGGAGGAAGAUGGAGUUGUGUACGCCUGCGUGGCUCAAGCAGAUGAGAACGACACCGAGUUUGACAAGUGGACCCUGUUUUACAAGGAGGACUACGAAAUUGAGGUGGAGGACGAGAAUGGAAACAAAAGCAAAAAAACUAUUAACGAAGGACAAACGCUGCUGACCGUGUUCAAGGAGGGCUACGCACCCGACGGAGUGUGGCUAGGAGGAACGAAGUACCAAUUCAUAAACAUCGAGAGGGACCUGGAAUUCGAAGGCUACACGUUCGAUGUGGCGACAUGCGCCAAGUUGAAAGGCGGGCUCCACCUGAUCAAAGUCCCCGGAGGAAAUAUCCUCGUUGUUCUUUACGAUGAGGAGAAGGAGCAUGACCGAGGAAACUCCAAAGUUGCCGCCCUGACGUUUUCAAAGGAGCUGGCGGAGAGUGGCGGUCAGUAA